AUGAAGCCAAUUGUGGUAUCGGGUCCAUCAGGAGGAGGGAAAAGUACCGUGAUUGCUAGAGCGAUGAAAGCAUACCCCAAUGGUUUUGCAUUUGCUAUUUCACAUACAACACGAAAACCACGGCCCGGAGAGGUAGAUGGAAGGAAUUACUGGUUUGUAACCGUGGAAAAAUUUAAGGAAAUGAUCAAAAAUAAAGAAUUCUUAGAGUACACAACUUUUGGUGACAAUAUGUAUGGGACAUCGAAGAAGGCAUUGGAAGAUGUGUCGAAAGCAGGGUGUAUAUGCAUCCUAGAUGUAGAUAUACAAGGUGUUCGAAAUAUACACAGAUGUGGAUUGGAUGCAAAAUAUAUUUUGAUCAAGGCGCCAAGUCUAGAAAUAUUGGAGCAACGUUUGCGUGCUCGCAAGACAGAGACUGAGGAAUCACUGAAUAAACGACUGAAACAUGCAGAAAACGAUUUAAAUGCUGUGGAUGCCGAGCCGGGUUUAUUCGAUUUUGUAAUAAUAAAUGAUGACUUCGAACGGGCCUACAAUGAUUUUAUAAAGGCUGUUAAAGAGGAGUUAGCCGAAUUUAUAUCUCUUGAAGAUGGAGUUAAAGUAACGGUUGCACAUUAA